ACUGUGAAUCAGCACAGAUUUGCCUUCUCUUUUAAAAAUGUCACGAUGAGACGCACUGUGCUCACUGAAGGAAACCACAGGCUGUACGGAAGAGGAAAAGGGUUUGAGACCUCUGACACGUGGUUUGCUGUCACUCCUGCACUGAUCUGUGAACAUGAAGACAUCGGUGGGUUUCUGGCUCCUGGCUGUGAAGCUCUUAGCUGCAUCCAGCUUCUCUCAGGCUCAGAUUGUAAAGAAGUACUUUGAGGAUGGUGACACGCUUCAGCUCAGCCCUCAGCCGGUCUCUGAAAAGAUCACCAGCAUCGUGUGGUAUUGUGAUGAGUACCUGCUGGCUGAGUGGGUGAAAGACUUGAUUGAGCUGAGAGAUCACAUCUCAUUUAAAGGACGAACAAAUCUGAACACUGACACAGGAGUGUUGGAGAUCAGGGACAUGACUGUGGCGGACACUGGACUGUAUUCAGUGGAGAUCAACAACCAGGUCCAGAGUCAGGUUCAUCAGGCUGUGAGGAUUGAAGCAGUGCCCCAGCCUGUGGUGAGUGUGAGGCCGCUGUUGUGUAACUCAACCUCAAAGAGCUGCACACUGAGCUGUGACGGAGACGUCAGCAAUGCUGGGCCUGUCGAGUAUUCCUGGAAGAUCGGAGAUGGAGAGUGGAAGCAGUCAGGAACGAACAUGGAAAUCAUCAAUAAUGAGGAAACACAGCGUGUUACGAAUUUCAUCUGCAGGAUAAAGAACACAGUGAGUGCGAGAGACAGCAAACCUCUCCCUAACCCACUCUUCCAAAUACCUUCCUUUCCAUCUUCAUCAUCACCGACGACGGUCAGUGACGAUACAGAGAGUGAACCGCUCACAAAGGCCCAGGUUACAAAUGGAGUUUAGGCGCUGUGAUCUCUGAUGGUCGCGGUCUUCUUUGUGGUGGUCGUCCACCUGUUGAGGCAGAAAUGAGAGACGCUCCACGUCUGUAAAUGCAGUAAAGGUGAUGAUGAUGAUGCAGUUUAAAGUCGAGUAUCUCCUUUGAUUUCCUGAUGAAGAUUAAAGCCUGUCUGCUCUCCUUAAACCAAAGUUGAUGUUUGUUAGCUUGUAAAAUGGUUCUGAGUUUUUGUAUCUCCUUUGUCUGCACUUGUCAUUGAUGUAUUAGUUGCUCUUUCAUCAUUACUGAUUAUGGUAAUUGGUUUUUUUCUGCACCUUUGAUGUUUUCACUUCCUGUUUUUGUCAGUUUUCCGUCCUUUGUGUUCGUAGCGCCCAGUUAGUUUCGCCCCGUCAGGUCUGUGGUUUUAUACGUCUGACUGUCUUGUGUCAGACUGUUUUUUCAUCUCUGUCCUUAUUUAUAUUUUCUGUGAAGUGCCUUCAGGGUUCAAUAUUUUCCAUGAUUUUUUAUUUUUUUGAACUUUGCAUUUAAAACUCACCUUUUAAUAAUUA